UAUUCUCUGCUUCUUAAAUGCUAGAGUUAAAAGUAUGUGGCCCCUAGCAUGGCCUGUCUUCUCUUUGAAAGCACUGUUCUAAAAUCCAGAUUGGAUAAGCUGAGAGCACCUCUUGUGAAGUUUUGCGUAGUAAGAAAUCAGGAAUACAAACCCACAGAGAAACAUCAUUUCAUCCUCAACUUGCUGUGGUACUGAGGGUGAAAGAGCUGUAGUUCACCCAGGCACACGUUCUAUCCCUGACUUAUACGCCCAACUCCAGUAAAGCGUCUCCUCCUAGGUAUUUAUGGGAGAAGUGGCCACUUAUCUCAUACAACCACUGAAAGCAUUCUGCCAUUGUCCUCGGGGACAGUGGGAUGCUCGUGGAUGCACAUGGAUGCACGUGCCUGGGGGUUAUUCCCUAGCGGCCGUAGAGUGCGUGGCAGCGGCCCAAGGCUUUGGUUUGAGUAGCUUUGACAAGGAGACAGACAUAGGUCCGCAGCAGCUGGCCGUGGGCGCGACAGAGACUUGGCUUCUGACGACACUCUCGGGAGGGUGGAGGAACAUGAAGUCCACCCUGCCAUCCAAGCCGCCAUAGACCUCACUGCGGGCGCAGCAGGGGGCGGAGCGUGUGUGCUGACUGGGCAACCCUUCGACACCAUAAAAGUAAAGAUGCAGACAUUUCCUCAGCUGUACAAAGGCCUUGCUGACUGCUUCCUAAAAACAUACAACCAAGUGGGCAUCCGUGGCCUUUACAGGGGAACCAGUCCUGCACUGCUAGCCUAUGUCACCCAGGGCUCUGUCCUGUUCAUGUGCUUUGGCUUUUGCCAACAGUUUGUCAGGAAAGUGGCUAGAGUGGAGCAGAAUGCAAAGCUGAACGACUUGGAGACUGCCACUGCUGGGUCGCUGGCUUCUGCAUUUGCUGCGCUGGCCCUCUGCCCCACUGAGCUUGUGAAGUGUCGGCUGCAGACCAUGUAUGAGAUGAAGAUGUCAGGGAAGAUAGCACAAAGCUAUAACACAAUUUGGUCUAUGGUUAAGAGUAUCUUCAUGAAGGAUGGUCCCUUAGGCUUCUAUCGUGGACUCUCGACCACUCUUGCUCAGGAAAUACCUGGCUAUUUCUUCUACUUUGGGGGCUAUGAAAUCAGUCGAUCAUUUUUUGCAUCAGGGGGAUCAAAGGAUGAACUAGGCCCUGUCCCUUUGAUGUUAAGUGGAGGCUUUGCUGGGAUCUGUCUCUGGCUUAUCAUAUUCCCAGUGGACUGCAUUAAAUCCAGAAUCCAGGUUCUUUCUAUGUUUGGGAAGCCUGCAGGAUUAAUCGAAACCUUUAUAAGUGUUGUGAGAAAUGAAGGAAUAUCAGCCUUGUAUUCUGGAUUGAAAGCCACUCUGAUUCGAGCCAUCCCUUCCAAUGCUGCUCUCUUUUUGGUUUAUGAGUACAGCAGAAAGAUGAUGAUGAACAUGGUGGAAGAAUACUGAAGUGUCUAUUGAUGAGUCCUUGUCUGAGCACAUGAAUGAGAGGACCACAGCUCUACAUGUCAAAGAAUUCAAGACCAACAUGGAGUUAGCUUUGACUGGGAAUUUCGGGUUUGUCUUCCCUUCCUCAAAUCUCAUACCUUGUGGAGAGAUCUUUAUAUAUCAUAUGGUUUCUUCCUGCAAUCCAACUGAGAUAGGAAAAUCACUACUUUUGCUGGCGGUGGGAUCUACAGGGUGAACCCAAGACCCUAUGUACUUAAUCUCAAUUAUCAAGGCUUCUUCAUAAAUCUAUAUAUGCAUCUUGAAUGGUAUGUGUUGUGAGUGAAACAUAAUUUAGUACUCUGUUUAGUCUCAAAUAUCACCAAAAUACCUUGAGUUGAUCAUGUUUCAGGUAUACAGGUAUUGCUUAAUUUUUUUCAAGAUGUGGGUUAUAGUUUAAAACUUGUUUAAUGUGCACUGCACUAGGCUGUUAAGGUUUUUAAAGUCUUUAGGUAACCACCAAAACCUUUAUGUUGAUUUCUAAGAAGAGAAUGUGUCUAUCUACCAGCAUGGCUUUCACAUUCAAGUAAAAUUUCAUAAUAGGCAUCCUGGAUUUUCUAUGCUAACUUUAAAUAGUGUGGUUGAAGUAGAGUUAUAUUUUACCUGCAAUGGUAUAUUG